CGCAGCGCGCGACUGAGCGCAGAUGAGAAGCAGCGCUGAUUAAACAGAAAAAAACCAAAAAACCAAAAAAAAAAAAAAAAACCCAGAAAGGAGUUUGAGCUAACGACUCCCACGAGAAAAGAAACGCCGCACAGUUGGGACAUUUCAAUGGGGAACCGUUGCAUAUAUGUUUGGACACCGGAAAGUUCACGCGAAGGAGAAUUUGAGAGAGAAAAAUCUGGAUAUUAGUGGACUCGCGCUGCGCUGGAUUUGAUCGGUCCUUAAAGGAGACGCGCAGCACACUGGCUUUUUACCCUGAACUCUGAGAGUUGUAAUGUCUUGAAGCAGCGUCCGGCCCUUUUGAAGGAUGUGCAGUGAGUGCUGAUGGAAACUGCUGCUCCAAUAUGAGUGUUCAUGAUGUUGGUGGGAGACGACGCUUUGAAGACUCUGAGUUCACCCUGCGCAUCUACCCCGGGGUCAUCGCUGAGGGUACCAUCUACUGCCCUGUCACCGCCCGCAAGAUCACCUCAGCCGCGGAGGUCAUCGAGCAAGUCAUCAACCGGCUGCAGCUAGACCGGACGAAAUGCUAUGUUCUGGCGGAAGUAAAGGAAUUUGGCGGGGAAGAAUGGAUCCUCAACCCUACCGACUGUCCCGUCCAGCGGAUGAUGCUGUGGCCUCGCAUGGCCCUGGAGAACCGCUUCAGCAGCGAGGACUACCGUUUCCUGCUGCGCGAGAAGAACCUCGAUGGUUCCAUCCACUAUGGCAAUUUACAGAUGUGGCUUCAAGUCACGGAGAAACGACGACGUAUGGUGGAACGUGGCUUCCUGCCACAACCCUUACCGAAGGACUUUGAUGACCUUUGUAACCUGCCGGAUCUCAACGAGAAGACCUUGCUGGACAAUUUGCGUAGUCGCUUCAAGCAAGAGAAGAUAUACACCUAUGUUGGAAGUAUCCUCAUAGUCAUCAACCCCUUUAAGUUUUUGCCUAUUUAUAACCCCAAAUAUGUCAAGAUGUACGAUAAUCAUCAGUUGGGGAAGCUGGAGCCACACAUUUACGCGGUGGCGGACGUGGCUUACCACACUAUGCUGCAGCGCAGGCAAAAUCAAUGCAUUGUAAUUUCUGGCGAGAGUGGCUCGGGCAAGACCCAGAGCACCAACUUCCUCAUCCACCAUCUCACAGCUCUCAGCCAGAAGGGCUUUGCUAGUGGAGUGGAGCAGAUCAUUCUGGGUGCUGGACCAGUGCUGGAGGCUUUUGGCAACGCAAAAACUGCUCACAAUAACAACUCUAGCCGUUUUGGCAAGUUCAUCCAGGUGAACUAUCAGGAGAGUGGCACUGUGAGAGGGGCAUACUUGGAGAAAUACCUGCUGGAGAAGUCUAGGCUCGUCUAUCAGGAACACAAUGAAAGGAAUUACCAUGUGUUUUACUACCUGCUGGCAGGAACGAGUGAAGAAGAGCAGACAGCGUUCCACCUCAAAAAGCCUGAAGAAUACCAUUACCUCAAUCAGAUGACAAAGAAACCUCACAGACUGCACUGGGAAAAUUACUAUGAGAACGAACCGCAGGAUUGCUUCACAGUGGAAGGGGAGGACCUUAAACAUGACUUUGAGCGCUUGCAGCUGGCGAUGGAGAUGGUGGGCUUCCUCCCUGCCACACGCAAACAGAUUUUCUCUCUGCUAUCAGCUAUCCUUCAUUUAGGGAAUAUCCGAUAUAAGAAGAAGAUAUACCGGGAUGACACAAUUGAUAUCUGCAAUCCUGAAGUUCUGCCCGUAGUGUCCGAGUUGCUCGAGGUCAAGGAGGAAAUGCUGUUUGAUGCCCUGACAACACGGAAGACGGUGACAGUGGGCGAAAGGCUUAUAGUCCCAUACAAGCUGGCUGAGGCUGGCACCGUACGGGACUCCAUGGCUAAGUCUCUCUAUAGUGCACUGUUCGACUGGAUCGUGUUCAGGAUCAAUCAUGCCCUGCUCAACACAAGGGACUUGGAAGAAUCUGCCAAGAUCUUGUCCAUUGGAGUUCUAGAUAUCUUUGGCUUUGAAGACUAUGAGAACAACAGCUUUGAACAAUUCUGCAUCAACUUCGCCAAUGAACGGCUUCAACACUACUUUAACCAGCACAUUUUUAAGCUGGAGCAGGAGGAGUAUCGCGCAGAAGGCAUUGCCUGGCAUAACAUUGAUUACAUUGAUAACACUGGCUGCAUCAACCUCAUCAGCAAGAAGCCCACAGCACUGCUCCACCUUCUGGACGAAGAGUGCAACUUUCCACAGGCCACCAAUCAGACCCUGCUAGACAAGUUCAAACGACAGCAUGAGGGAAACAGCUAUAUUGAGUUUCCUGCCGUCAUGGAGCCGGCCUUCAUCAUCAAACACUAUGCUGGGAAGGUCAAGUACAGAGUGAAGGACUUCAGGGAGAAGAACACAGAUCACAUGCGGCCGGACAUCGUUGCGCUCCUCAAGAGCAGUAAGAACGGCUUCAUCUGUGGUCUGAUCGGUAUCGAUCCAGUGGCCACCUUCCGUUGGGCUGUGCUCCGGGCCUAUUUCAGAGCUAUGGUGGCCUUCAGGGAUGCUGGCAAGAGACUUGUUGAUAAACGAAGCAGGCAUGAUGCUGCUGCUCCAGUUGUGAAAAUUGUGGAUAGCUUUAGUUUUCUGCAUCACCCUGUGCAUCAGAGAAGCUUAGAGAUCCUGCAGAGGUGCAAAGAGGAGAAAUACAUCCAGCAUGUAUGCCUCUCGGGCAGCCCACCGCUUUCCCCUCACUGGAUCCCCUGUUCUGAACACUUGCACUCCAGCACGACAGCUCCAGCACAGAGUACGCACUCAUUUCUCUUGUCUUCUGAGGACAGCGGGCUCACGAUAAGUCUGCUUGAUGGAGGUGUGAACAGAAAGAGUCCUCGCACGCCACUCUCCGAUCUGCAGGGCAGCAACACACUCAGUCAACGGGACGGCUGGAAUGGGCGUCCUGGUAGGCAAAACCGUCUGUCCUCAGGUGGAUCUUUCAGUGAGGAGGACGGCAUCUUCGUCAACUCCACCAGCAGUAAACUCCUGGAGCGAGCCCACGGCAUCCUCAUGAGAAAUAAAAACUAUAAAAUGAAGCCAAGUCUUCCUAAGCACUUGCUAGAUGUGAAGUCACUGAAGUACCUGAGUAACCUGACGUUACACGACCGCAUCACAAAGUCCCUUCUGCACCUUCACAAGAAAAAGAAACCACCAAGUAUCAGUGCCCAGUUCCAGGCCUCUCUCAAUAAGCUAAUGGAGACCCUCGGUCAGUCGGAGCCGUACUUUGUGAAAUGCAUACGAUCAAAUGCAGAAAAGCUCCCGCUGCGUUUUCAUGAUGGCCUGGUGCUGAGACAGCUUCGCUACACAGGCAUGCUGGAAACCGUGCGGAUCCGACAGUCUGGCUACAGUAUCAAGUACACUUUUCAGGAAUUUGUUCGACACUUCCAUGUGCUGUUAGCAGAGGGUACCUGCGCCACACAGGAAGCUAUCCGACGGUACCUGUGCCAGAUGGAUCUCGCUCCUGAAGGGUUCCAAGUGGGCCGUACCAUGGUGUUCCUCCGUGAAGUGGAGCGACAGCGGCUGCAAGACCUUCUCCAUCAGGAGGUACUGCAUCGGAUCAUUAAUCUUCAGCGUCGUUUCAGAGCUCUUCUAGAAAGAAAGAACUUCCUCAGAAUGAGACAAGCUGCCUGCCAGAUACAGAACUGGUGGAGGAGCUGUCAGUCUGUGCAGAGGGAUAACAUUCGUGUCCAGCAGAGGGCAGCACUCUGUAUCCAGUCAGCCUGGAGAGGCUUUAGAGAGAGGCGUAUACUCUCACUCUGGAGGGAAGCAGUCGUGGAUAUCCAGAGAAGCUGGAGGCUGUAUCGACGGGGCCGAGCAGCCCUCAGGAUCCAGACUGCUUGGAGGAGGUACAGGGCCAGAGAGCUCUACCUUCAGCAACAUGAGAUCACCAUCCACCUGCAAGCAGCAAGUAGAGGCUAUCUUGCGAGGCAGAGAUUUAGAGAACUUCAAGAGCAGAGGUUAAAAAGCGCUCCGCUGCCAAAUGGACAAACUAGCCCAUUAACAGAAGAGGAGAAGCGCAGAGUCAUGGGUUUCGAUCUAAGUAUGUGGGAAAACUCCUACGAGGAGCAAGACAGGAACACGCAACCCCUCACUGGUGCAAUUGAAGUAUCUGGAAGUGAUACACCAAGAGAAACUUUGGAAGAGUUGGAGCCGGAGACGAAAGGGGAUUAUGUGCAACCAACAUCUGAAGUGACAAUCCGAGAGCGACCUCGGACUCUAGAGGACCCCAAUCAAAGGACACGGGCCAAACGGGAGAGUCGACGAAUGCGAGAACUAGAGCAGGCCAAAUUUAGCUUGGAACUUCUUAAGGUGCGGUCCACCGGUGGAGCAUCUCCAUCGGAAGAGAGACGCUGGUCGAUGGAGCUGGUCAGUGAGAUUGCUCAUACUCCUCUGGGUACCCCAGACAGCCAGAGCUCCAAAGGCAGCUUUGAGCUACUCAAUAUAGACGACUAUCUCAAAGACAGGGCACCUUCUGCUGAACCGGAAGACCUUGGUUCUCCUUUGUCUGUGCCGGAGCAGCAUGAUGUAUUUCCCAACAUUCACAAGCCCGUUUUGCCCUCUGACUUUCCGGAAACUAUUGUCUUGUCCGAACCCACUAGCAAACCAGAAGCUCCCAGAAUGCCAAACUCUCUCCCAACCUUCUACACCCCUCCAUCAGAAAGAAGCUCUCUAUUUGUGAAGUCUUGUAUAGAAUCUGCCACUCCACGUCCUGUUGGCUCCGGUAAGCCUGUGAAGGACAAGGAGUCCAAUCGCAGGCCAGUGGUUGUGGUCAUUAGUAUGCAUAAGGAGACCUUGUUAAAUGAAUCAGAUGCAAAGCCUCCAGAGGUCCGAGACAGUGCCGCCCAAACAAGUGAGCCGCCCAGUCCAGCACAGCCCAGCAGCGACAGUCUUUAUGUGCUGGAAAAGCUCGAGAAACUUAACGAGGAGAAGGAAGAGCGACAGAAACAUCAGCAGCAGCAAAAUGAAAAGGAGAUGAUGGUGCAGAUCCGUCAACAGAAGCACAUCCUGGAAGAACAACGAAAGUAUUUCGCCCAAUAUGAAUGGGAGAUGUUUGAGAAGCAGAGAUUUGAGGCUCUGCAAAGGAUUGAGCAGAGCAGACAAGACAGUUCUGGAGGAAAGCAAGUCAUGGACAUAGGUCUUGCUCCCAUAGCCCAGCCAGAGCCUGACCUCACCUCCCAACCUCAGGUCCCAGGAAAUGAAGUUGCUCCUUCAAUAUUCAAAGACCAACCAAAGGACACCCUAAAGGUACCUGAUGGGUGGGCACCAAAAUUGACACUGGAGUCUAGAGGGGAUGAAACCAGAAAGAGAAUAACUAAGAAGCUGUCCACUCAGAAAGCCAACAUUAACAUGACUGAGAGGUCUGGAAACAUAUUCUUUUCUCCAAAGACCAAGGUUUCCCUCUCGAACAUCGAUAAGGACUUAGCCAAUCAAGGGAAAACACCAGGAGUCCAGAAUGAAAUAACCCUCUUGGAUUACAAAUCAACUAAGGGUCGUGAGGUCGGCCGACCAGGUCAUAAAAAAGCCCACAUGGCACGGACACGCUCUGACUUCCUGACCCGUGGUUCAAACGCCCUGGGUGAGGGGGAGUCAGAGGAAGAGGAGUAUGAUGAGACCCCUCUGUCUCCUGGCACACCCCUGCCCAAACAGGACUCGGAGGAGAGCACACUAGAAGUUUGUCACAGUGACUCUGAAAUGCUGUCCACAGCCAGUGAAGAACAGAAAAACAUUUAUAAAGCCAUGUUAUCCGGAGACCUGGGCAAAAUUGACACCAUGAGGAAGAACUCUGGAGAUGGAAGGGUACGCGGUAAAAUGCGUUUCUGGGCAAAGACAAAGCAUGGAGAGAAGAAGCCAUCGCGAGAGCGGCUGGUGUGUGGCGGUGAUACUCUUGAAGGAGACGACGCUGAAACUGCACUUCUAAUGGAAGAAGAGCACCUGUCCCCUCCUCGAAGCCCAGAUUUGACCUUACAGAGGGAGUUUAAAGAGAACAAAGAUCCGUCCCCAAAAGUGAAGCGUCGACGAAGUGUGAAGAUCAGUAAUGUGGCUCUAGAGCCCGUCCAGUGGCAGAACGAUGCACUGCAGAUACUCACAUGUGCCAGUGACUACAGGAGCAUGAAUGACUUCCUCAUGAAGAAGAUCACUGAUUUAGACACAGAAGACAGUAAGAAAGACACAAUGGUGGAUGUUGUGUUCAAAAAGGCACUGAAGGAGUUCCGCUUGAAUAUCUUCAACUCCUACUCCACAGCUUUAGCUAUGGACGAUGGAAAGAGCAUUCGUUAUAAGGAUCUCUACGCCCUCUUUGAGCAAAUCCUGGAGAAGAACAUGCGUCUGGAGCAGAGGGACUGGAGCGAGUCGCCGGUGAAAGUCUGGGUCAACACAUUCAAAGUGUUCCUGGAUGAGUUCAUGACAGAGCAUAAACCUCUGGACAGCAGCGUGAGCAAGGCCCCUAAACCAGACCGCAAGAAGAGAAGGAAGAAGGACACUGAUAUUGUGGAGGAACACAACGGCCACAUCUUCAAGUCGACUCAGUACAGCAUUCCUACCUAUUGCGAGUACUGCUCAUCCCUCAUCUGGAUGAUGGACAAAGCGUGUGUCUGUAAACUGUGCCGGUAUGCCUGUCACAGAAAGUGUUGUCAGAAAAUGACCACCAAAUGCAGCAAGAAGUUUGACCCUGAGCUAUCGGCAAGGCAGUUUGGUGUGGAGUUGUCCCGUCUUACCAACGACGAGCGAACGGUGCCUUUAGUGGUAGAGAAACUCAUCAACUACAUCGAAAUGCAUGGUGUCUAUACAGAAGGCAUCUACAGGAAGUCUGGAUCCACCAAUAAGAUAAAGGAGCUGAAGCAGGGUCUGGAUACAGAUGUAAACAGCAUGAAUCUGGAUGACUACAAUAUUCAUGUGAUUGCCGGUGUUUUCAAGCAGUGGUUGCGUGAUUUGCCUAAUCCUCUCAUGACCUUUGAACUGUAUGAGGAAUUCUUGCGGGCCAUGGGUCUGCAGGACAAGAAAGAAGUUAUUCGAGGUGUUUACUCUAUAAUUGACCAGCUCAGCAGAACUCACCUGAACACACUGGAGCGACUCAUUUUCCAUCUGGUCAGGAUUGCCCUGCAGGAGGAGACCAACCGCAUGUCUGCUAAUGCGCUGGCCAUCGUAUUUGCUCCCUGCAUCCUGCACUGCCCUGACACCAUCGACCCUCUGCAGAGCGUUCAGGACAUUGGCAAAACCACAGCGUGUGUGGAGCUGGUCAUUUGCGAGCAGAUGAAUAAGUACAAGGCCAGACUAAAGGACAUCAGCACUCUGGAGUUUGCAGAGAACAAAGCCAAGAGCCGGUUAACGUUCAUCCGUAGGUCCAUGGGUAAAGGUCAAGUACACAGGGUGAGAUAUCAAACACCAUCUCCUCCAGUAAGUCUGCGACCUCCGACCGCUCCGGAGGUGAUGCAGGAGAGCGGAGAGGAGGAAGCUGGCAGAGAUCCGGAGGUCUCUGAGCAACAGCAGGUCGCCAUGCAGCAGGAAGAGAGAGUUCUGACUGAACAGAUUGAAAACCUGCAGAAAGAGAAGGAGGAGUUGACGUUUGAGAUGCUGGCUCUGGAGCCGCGAGCGUCAGAUGAUGAGACGCUGGAGUCGGAGGCCUCCAUAGGCACAGCAGACAGUUCUGAAAACCUCAACGUGGACUCUGAGGGAGCCGCCUCGGACUUCUCUGCAGAGCGAGGCCCAGCAUUGGCCUCCUCAAGGCCCAAGAACACAGAGGGCAAAGUUAGACGAGUUCUGCGUAAACAGCCUGAAUCCCUGGACUCUGUAGAUUCCAGUUCUACCGUCUCCUCUUUGUCGUCUUCCUACAUACAGCCAACCACACGAACCCGCAGGUUACGUUUCCGAUCCAAAUCGCCUUCAUCAAGAAGACUAUAUCUAUCCAGCCCGCCCGACAGCCUGGACCAACCCGAGGAGGAUGGAGAGGAAAGACCGCAGUUCACCAGCCGCGGCACUUUCAACCCAGAAAAGGGCAAGCAGCGGCUCCAGGGUGCCAAGAGCUCCCCUCAGAGGUACCGUGAACCUGGUGGAGGCCAGAAGAGGGACCCAGACUUACCGCCUCAGCAGAUGGUGGUGUACGGCAACAACGAGUUCAUGGUAUGAAGGUCACAAGGUGACAUGUCCAUCCCUCCCUGCUCGCUCACUCGAGUUCACACUUGCUGCAUUAUAGUCCUUAAGUGCCAUGUUGCCUGGAAAGGAGAGCCCUGGGCUCUGCUGAAGAUGCCGUUAUCGAAUCUGUGGGUGUAAGUGUGUGUUUUCCUGUCUCGGGAACGCAGGGCAAAGGGAAUGCUGUGGAAUAUUCUCCUCUGGACUUUGGCAGCUUCAUGACUGUGAUUUAGGAGGUCCAAAGGCAAGACAAGGAGGCAAAGCCAUUGACAAACUCAAUGAAUUUAAGCUAAACCAUGGGCUGCUUUAACGUUUACAAUGUAGAACCUUGAAAGCAGCAUUCGCUAUGAUGUUUUUGCCCCUGAAGCCUAUUUAAUAAAUUUUAUUUACAUGGAGUAUAUAAAUCUAUAUAAAUAUAUGAUGUGAUGUAAAAUGUAUAAAGCCAGAGCACCAGUGACUGCUGGGUUGUUUAUUUCAUAUAUUAUAUCUUGUAUCUGUCAUGAACGCUUUGGAGAGCGAAGGUGAGAAGGUUGGUUUUGUGUGGAUGUGUGUGAAUGAAGUUUGUGCUGUUUUUUGUGUUGUGCUUGGAGGGAAAUGGUGCCAUCUAAAGGGACCAAGCGAACUGGUGUUUUAAUGCCAGAGGAUACCAGUACUAUAUGAAGACUCUUCCAAAUCACCAAAUAGGGUAUUACAUCACCUCUCAACAAUCAUCAAUCAAACCAUCGUUUGGAUUCAUUGAGACUCAAAUACAUGUUUUCUUACCUGUUUUGUUUGCUUAUAUCUGCCUCAAUCAUGUUCUAAGAAACCAGUGUUAAUAUACAAAACUGCAGCUGCAAGAUCACGUUGUUACUUGCAUUAUUUAAAAAAAAAAAAAAACAUAAUUAUUAUUUGUCUGGAAAGUCUUUGGAUCAUUCACACGAUGCAAACGUAAAGUUCACCUGCCAGAGGACAACUUAAAUAUUACAAACGGUCUCUCUUCUCUGUAGACACUUCUUUUUCAAAAAAGUAUAUUUAACGGGCCGUAUUCAAUCGAGUGUCUUAGUAAAGAUCUAUCAUUAUACUGCUUUAUUAGCAGUGUUGCUGUGGAAAAAUCUUGGUUACCAUAUUAACCUCUCUCCAUCACUAGCUAUUGGUGUCUCCAUUUAACUGUUACAAGAUCAUGAUGCUAUCGUAAUCCCUUUCAACAUUUAAUCAUGCAGAAUAUGUUAAAGAUAUCUAUAAUUUAAUGUUCACUAUUUAAAAUGGUAAUUCUUAAUAUCAGCAAAGGAAUUGCUACUAGUAACAAUGCUAAUCCUUUAUAUCAAUAAUCACGUUUGCGCUAGUAAAAAUGACAUAAUUACCCAUUAUCAAAAAUUUAAUGUGAACUAGUAAAAUGUGUAAAUUUUUAUAUCUGAAACUGCAUUUUCACUAGUAGAAUUUCACUCCUGUUCAUAAUGCAAUUACGUUUUUUACCAUUUUUACAUUUUAAAAAUUUCAUUAUCUGUAAUUAAUUUCUUUCUCGUUAAAAUUCCAAAUACACAAAUCAGCACUUGUACUUUUUUUAGUAAAAAAAAUAAAUAAAUAAUAAUAAAAAAAAAAUUUGAUAUCGAUAAUUACAUUGCUACUAGUGCAAAUGUCCAUUCCUGAUAUCAAAAAUUGAUUUAAAAAAUGUGGUGUAAAAAGUACAAAUGCUCAUUUUUAAUAUCUGUAAUUUGUUGUUCUGUAGUGGCAAUGUUUAUUUCAAAUAUCUGGAAAUUUAUUUCAGAUAUCAUUAAAUUGAAGAGUAAAGAAAUUGUAAAAGGCUUACUUACUAGUUACAAUAACAUUAUAGAUAUCUGAAAUGAACGUCAUCACUAGUGAAAAACAAAUUACAUUGCCGUAUUAUUGGUUUACUGGUUUAUUUUUAGAUAUAAAAAAAAAUUAUAUAAUUUUUACUAGUUGUAAUUAAAUUGUUGAUGUCUGGAAUGGACAUUGGCACUCGUAACAAUGUAAUUGUUGAUAUAAUUUUUUUUUGUAUUUUAUUUUUUACCAGUAAGUACAUUGCUGAUAUGUGAAAUUAAAAUUUCAAUUAGUGAGAAAUUAAAUAUUGAUCUCUUUAAUUGCAUUUUUAACAGGAGUGAUGACAGAUCAUUUUGAAAUUUUAUGGUACUAGUGAAAAUGUAGUUACAGAUAUAAUUAAUUACAGAUUUUACUAGUUGAAAUUCAAUUUUUUAUUUCAAAAAUGGGUAUUUCUGCAAGUAAUGAUGAGUGUCAAGAAUUAACUUUUUUACUAGUAAACCUAAUAAUAUAAAAAUAGCAUUUUCACUUGUAGUAAUUGCAUUGCUGAUAUCAAGAAUUAGCAUUUUAACAAGUGAAAAUAAUUAGAUAUCUAUAAUUCAUAUCCUGCAUGCUAUUAAAUGUCAAACAGGCUUGUGAGGAUGCUGACUGUGAAAUAAACAGAAUCUGUCAUUCAAUUGCACCAUGUAAAAUAUUUUCCAAUUCUGUCACUAAUUUCUGCAAUAAACAAAAACAUGAAAAUUAAUAAUUGCUACCAUCAGUUCAACUGCAGUUAUACAUGGUAACCUCACUCUUUCCAAGGUUUGGCAUGUGAUGGUAUUAUUAAGUAAGGUCUCUGUGAGUGUAUGGGCAUAUACACAUGAAGUCAGAAUUACGAUUGUUUAUUUAUAUUGUGUUAUUUUAGAUCCCAUUCAUUGCUGAAACUGGUCUGGCCUCAGCAGUGUGUUGAACAAAUAUUUCUUAUGAAAGAGAAAAUGUCAUUGUAAAAUAAAUUACACAUUUUGAACAAAUAAGAACUGGUUUAUUAAUUGAAGGAUUUUUGUGGUAUCGUGGUACUAACUGCUUCAUUUUACCACACACAUCCGGGGUUUGUAUUCAAAGGGAUUCUUGCGAGGAGAACACGAAUUACCUGUUUGUCCUGCACACCUGUAAGAGCUGCUGUCGUAGUCAAUGAGCAGCGGCUUGCUUCGCCAACA